AAGCGCUCCCGGGCCGGGCGGCGGCCGCCCGCGGGUGCCCCUGAGGGGCGCCAUGGCCUGCUCCCACAGCGUGGUGUUCCUGCUGGAUGUGGCCAGCCCGGGCCGGCGGGCGCGGCUCCAGCGCGGCGCCCUGCGGCUCCUCAACCACCUGUGCUGCCGCUUCGGCCUGCCUCGCCUCCGCUGGGCCUUCAGGUUCUUCGACUCGCUCGGGGGCCGCGGCGGCGCUUCGCGGGGCGGCGGCUUCCGCUCGCCGGGGCCCAGCGCCUGGCUCCGCUUCGAGGAAGAGUUGGCGGAGCGGUUCGGGGCGCGGGACCCCGCUGCCGUCCUGCCCGGGCCGGCGCCACGCGUUGCCCUCACCCACAGCGGCCUCAAGGAGACGCUCCUGGACUUCCAGUGGGACCGUCCGGAGAUCGCGUCCCCCGCCAAGCCGCUGCGCAGGAGCCGGAGGACGGGGCUGGCCGCCGGAGAGCUCCCUGAGAGCCAGUCGCCCCCCGAGGGCUUCGUGAACGCCGUCUUUCUGUUCUCCCCCUGCCCCCAUUCGCGGAGGGAGCUGCGGCAGUUCGUGUCGGGGAGCGGCGCCCCUGCGUCCCCGCGGCUGCCGCCCGCGGCUCAGGAGCUCGCAGAGAAACUCCUGCCCAAGAGUGUCCAGGAGCUGAUCGCAGAGCAGAAAAUCUCACUGUUCUGGGUAGACACUGCCGAGUGGGCUCAGCUGAUUGAAUCCCCAGACCAUGUUGGCUACUGGACGAUGUUUGAAGUGAUCUGUCAGACGGGAGGCACCGUUUUGCCAGCCGAAGCCUUAGUGCAGGGAUUGAGUCACAGCAGGACAGGUCUCGCCCAUGGCUUUCUUGGAGACUCAAGUUCCUUGGUGCAACAGACUGUGCCUUGGACCACGCUUCUGCCGCUGGACGCCACUUUGAACUGCUUGUUCUUGAAGCCCUCUGUGUUUCAAGCAGUGUUUCCCCAGCAGGAAGGAGUCUUGUUUCUCGGCAUGCCUGGAGGAAAGGAGCAGGAAAGCUGUGCUGUGAUCCUGGAACCCCUUUCUGUGAGCCAAAGGCAAUUGCAUUGUCCAGUCAACAUCUUCCUGAAAGGUAGUUUGAGGAGUUGGAGCUUGGUGCAUGCUGGCCACUUCAUCACAGAGAGCUGGAUCCUGCAGAGCUCACAGGCUGAGCAGGCAGAGCACCACAGGUCACUGUUUCAUCAGCUGUUAAGAAGUCUAGUGACUGAAGAGCUGCACCUGGUGGCUGAGGUGUCUCUGUCUGAAACUUGCUGCCCCUGCACUGCUGUUUUGUCACCACUGUCUGAGAGCACUGCAGUUCUGACUUUGCUCAGGACUGAGAAGACUGCUGAAGCUCAGCAAUGCAACCUUGCAGGAGCUGUGGUGGACAACUCUUCCCAAGACCAUGCUCUUCACCUCCCAGAUGUUGUGCAUAGUGUGUUGAGUAAAGCUGAUACAUCAGUGGAAGAUUCUCUGGCCAGUGUGGGAGAAGCAGCUGCUGUGCCCGAGUGGGUCCAGCGGGAGCUGUCGCACACAGGAAGCUGGCAUCCUUCAGUGCUGGAGGCGUGGUACCCUGCAUCCAAUGCUUGUGGAGCGAGCUCAGAUCUGAUGGAAUCAUUCAGGCUCCUGCAGUUUCCUUGUGCCAAUGGGAAGGAUGAUGCAGAGCAGUCUGAAGUGGAACUCUCAGAAAAUCUGUCUGAGCUGUACCAGAGGAAGUUCAGUGAGACAUCUGCUGCAGCUGGCCCAGGGAACAACAAGAAAAGAUGCGGAGUUCCCCGAACUCCAGUCAGGCAGAAAAUGAAGACCAUGCCCAGGUCCCUGCAGAUGCUCAACGUGGCAAGGCUGAAUGUAAAAGCUCAGAAGUUCCAACCUGAUGGUGCCCCAGCAACAGUGAGUGAGAAGGUUCCACAGAAACUUUCAGUGAAAAGAUUGAAUGAAAAGGUGGAAGAAAAGGAGAAGGCACUGAAAGCAUCAAUAGACUUCAAAACCGAGGAGGAACUGCAGUGCCACUUAACCACGAGCUACCAGAAGGCUGUUGCUGAGGGAGUCCUUUCAUCUGUCUGUGCCCAGAAUAUGAUCAUGGCCAUUAAAAGGUUCUUGAAAGUGGAUGCUAAAGAGAAAGAGGUAGCCUGUGUGAAAGGAGUCAGGAACCACCUCCUGAAGACCAGCAAGAUGCUCAGACAGCAGCAGGGAUUGCAGAAGGACACCAAAGUCAGAGAGUGCCGCCUGCAGGUGUUCUUACGCCUUGAACUGUGCCUUCAGUGUCCCUCGCUGCAAAGCAACGCUGAUGAAAUGGAGCAGCUGUUGGAGGAGGUGACAGACAUGCUGCGCAUUUUGUGCCUGGCUGAGGACUCAGGGUAUCUCACCAAGUUCCUGGAUGAAAUACUAGAAAUGUACGUGAAGUAUAUACCAAAGACCCUGGGAGAUAUUUACUAUGGCCUUGGUACACAAAUCCCCCCGAAGCUGGCAUCAGCUCUGCCUUCAGACUUCUUCAGUGAUGACUCUGUGACCCUGGAUAGCAAAUCCCCAGCUCUUUCCCCCUCUUUAUCCUCUGCCUUGACUCCCAGCACUGUUGGCCUGCAUAGUGAGAGCGCUCAGCUGGAGGAGCUGCGCACCCGGUCUGCCAAGAAGAGAAGGAGUCAUGUGUUAGCCAGACACAGGAGCAUGACAGAAGCACCACAGAACUUGCGUCAGAUUGAGAUCCCGAAGCUAGCCAAGAGCCACACCAGGAAGGAGACCCUGCGUUCCUGUCCUGCUGCUGAGAAGCCCCAGCAGGUGCCUUUGCAGAAAGAAGCAGUGCAAGAGGUUACAAAGGUAAGGAGGAACCUCUUCAAUGAAGAGAUACUUUCAACAUCCAGAAGGUCUGGGAAGAGGCUGCCUAGAAGCCAGUCAGUGUCUGCUGUGGAAGGCUUAAGAUACAAGUGUGCUGAUGAGUGCUCUAAAGCUCUUGCAGAUCAUCACAAGUUGCUGACCAAGAGAGUUGCAGAAACGCCACUCCAUAAGCAGGUCUCCAGGAGGCUGCUGCAGAAGCAGAUCAAAGGCAGGUCUUCUGAUCCAGGCUGUGGCACUGAUGUUGUAGAGGAAUCUCCAGAGAAAGCCAUAAAAGAGGCAGGUUUGAGAAGAAGCCCACGCAUCAAACAGCUGUCUUUGAAGAGGACCUGCUCGGGUGCUUUCUAUUGCACUGCACAGCCCAGAGUCCAGCAGGGAGAAGAAGAGGAGAGCUGCACACUGCAGGCUGUAGAAGGCAUUAAAAGGCAUUCAGAGGGCCCCACUGUCCAGACUCCCAAGAGGUUUUUCUUUGGUGCAGUCACUGAUGCAUGCAGCCCUGCAGUGAAGCAUUCACCUGGAAGGAGGAGAACAAGAAAAGAUUCCUUACACUUAGAGGAGCUGCCUGCCUGUCAGACUCCUAAGAAAACACCUCAGAAGUUUGCCCAGAGGCCACUGAACUCUGCCAGUAAGCUCCCAAGGAGGUCACCUCGUAUUCUCCACAGGACACCACAGAGGCUGGAGAAGACUCCUGGCAAAAGUCCAGCUGCUAAGCAGACUGCAGCUAAGUGUUUGGGAAGGUACUUUUCUGACCCUGUGCAAAGGGUCAGGUCACCUGCUCCAGCUGAUGCUAGGAGGCUUCAUUCACUGCAAGUAACCUUUAAGGACUGUUCUCCAGCAGAGAGACUUUCCCCUUCUUUCAAAGAGGCUGGAGAGCAACUACCAGAGCAGGAAGGGUUUGCAGUGCUUGAUGCCUCAUUGUCACCUCAGACAGCCCCAAAUCCUGCUGCUGCCUCACCCCCAGCAAGAUGUUUUGCAGGAGCGCAAACUCCAAGGCGCUCCUUGAGAUCCCUCUCAAAGUCAGCAUCUCCAGAUGGUGCUUGGAGGCCAAGCCAGGUGCCAGCAGAUCUGUUACCUCAAGCUACCAGAAGUACUCCUGGGAAACUUGAAGAUGCAGGUUCAGAAUUCUGUGCCAGCCCUCUGGGUGCAGAAGUACCACAGCUUGCUGUGGGGGUGGAGCCUCCCUGCAGUUCUCCUCUCGGUGGAAGGUCUGCAAAGGCUGUGGCCAUCACCUCUCCUUCCCAUGCCCAGGCAUGGGAGUCUGGCUGGGAACUUGGUGCAUCUAAUCCAUCAUUUCAAAAUGCUCCAGAUGAUACUGACACUGCACUGAGGUCCAGGCCUCACACACCCAAGCAGGCCAGAUGUGAACCAAAUUCUAGGAGGCAGAACUCCACACCUGCAUGUUCAACACCUGAAAAUAAGGACAAUGGUGAUGGCAGUGGUGGCAACUCCCUCAGCCUUCAGCUUUGUCAGCCCCAAGUUACUGAAAAUCCCCCUGUGUCAGGGAAGAACAAACAGCUGCCUGUAGCAGCUCAAAGCUCUCCUUCAGGAGAGGACUUGGAGAAGCUGGAAGCACCUGUGCCUGGAAAGCCCUCUGCUGGAGGGCAGGUUUGUGCACAGAACGCUGAGACGGAGUGGGGACAGCUGGGGAAGGAGGAGACCUCCUGGGCAAACACCCAUGAGGCCUUUCUGAAUGGUUCUCAAACAAUUAGUGAUGACUUGGGAGCAAAACCUGUGCUGAGAGAGGACUCUGUGGGGCUGAAGGCUCUGAGUCUAAAGAGACACUCCAGGUUUGCCCAGAGUACUUCACCCCCUGUGCCCAAGUCUCCUGCCUACUCUCUGCGCUGCACCGCAGACAGGAGGCAGCGGGAGGCUGCGGCACGGAUGGGAGAGCCUCAGCUCCCAGCCAAGUUCUCGUCUCCUAAAGGUGGCUGCAGGCCUCCUGCCAGCCCUCCCACGUACGCAGUGGAGCUGGAAAUGCAGGCCUCAGGCCUGCCCAAGCUUCGCAUUAAGAAAGUCGGCUCUUGCUCGCUGCCGGAAGUGCUCCAUGAGGCGAGUGGCAGCAGAGCCAAGGGAGGAGAGAGCCCCUGCGGUGAGCCUGCUGUGACCUGGUGCAGCAGGCACCCCGGGAAGCCAGCAGCUGCCUGUGUUUCGCCCUCCUGCUUUCGCUCUUUCCACAGUACACCUGGGAAAGGUGGAGGGCAGACCUACAUAUGCCAGUCAUACACCCCAACAAGCUGUGCCUCUACUGCCACCUCCCCCUCCCCCUUAGAAGCAGGAGUUCCAUGGACACCUUCUCCAAAGCAGAAGGGGAAGGCUACUCCUGAUGCUAUCAACGAUUGGCCUCGGAGAAAGAGAGCAGCAGGCAGCACUGCUAACACCAGCUGUGGCCAAGGUGAGAGGAAUGCAGAUGAGCAGAGUAGAAUGGCAGCAGGCACAGGAGAGGUGAAGAUCUCAGAGCAUUGCAGCAGCAAAGCAGCAAAUACUUUUGGGGAGUUUGAACUGGAAGGGAUUUACAGGCUGCAGGAUCAGGCAUCUCCUAGUGACUGUGAAGCCAGGGCUGAGGAGGACUCUGCCACAGGAAGCUUUGGCUUGAGGUCUCGGAAGCGAGUCUUCACGGACCUGUCACCAGAGCAGCUGGAGAGUCAGGAUGCCAAGAGGUCCUGCAUGGAUAAGCACAGCUUGGAUCUCGCUGCCUUUUCCACGGAGGAAGGCAACAGAGGCAAGGCAAGGCUGGAGUCUGUGCUUCCUGAGAAGCUGGGAGCAGGUCUGCGGAUAACUCCGGAGCGGCACAGCUGUGCAAGGGACGAUGAUGUCUUCCUUCUGACAGGCUCCACCCCACCGGUGAAGAGCUCACUGUCUGCUAGCAGCCUUCAAGCCCUGACCCAGUCUCCGCUGCUGUGCCCGGGCCAGACGCCGCAGCCUCGCAGAAGGGCAGCUCCAGAGGAGGAAUCCGAUGGCUUCCAAGCUGCUGCCAACCAGGAGCUGUCUCCAUUCCGCCUCAUGGCUUCCAGGAAGCGUCCCCUCAGCAGGACUUACUCACGGAAAAAGCUGCUCAGCUGAAGGUUGGAGCCACAACAGUUUGGGAAGCUUUGCCUCCUCCCAGCUGCACAGUGUGCUUACAUUCUAACCAAGGACCUUACCUUUGGUGCUGGUCUGGAGCUGUCUGCUCUUGGUAGGAGAAUGGACGCAAGCAGAUGGCAGUGGCAGGAAGGACCACUCUAAAAGUUGCUUUUUCACCCUCAGCUGCAGCAUCUCUCCACCCAUUCAAAGCCUGGCAUGGCUUUUCUGGCACUUCUGCUGCUCGUGGUAGCUGAGUUCUGCAGUGAAGGUUCAGUUCUGCUCAAAGAGGAGAGUGGUCACUUUUCCACAACUUCCUUGUAAAAUAAACUGGUGUCAAUUUUUA